UCAAGCAAGGCGAAUUCACGCUGCGCGCACACCUGAUCAGAUCUGAACUCACUCAUCCACGAACGAAGGUCUGAGUCCUGAAGGACGCAAGACUUGAACAUCACGUCAGGAUGAUAUGAACUUAACACGAAAAACACCGAAGAAGAGUUUUCCUCGCGUCAUUUCUCGUUGUUUUUCCUCAGUGUGACUGGAGUCCUGAUCUCUGCUGUUGGGAGACCUCUCUCACACUGGAGUAAGGAACCUAAUGCCUCAGAAAUGUGAAACUAUCAGCUACUUCAACCCCACCCCUUACCGGGAACCACGGUUACAAGCCUCCAGUCCACCAUCAGUCUGGAGGUUUGCCACCAUGCACCUUAAGCCAUACCCCAAACCACAAGAUAAAGAGAUACAUCGGGAGUCUGUGCAUGAUGAAACACGAGGCCUCUUUGCCGACCAGCAGGGAGUGCUUAAGAAUGAGUGGGGCGUUCGUCAGGCCUGCAGCCUCAUGAGCUCGCCUGGCAACGGCACAGCCAACCGGUGCCCCCUCAGCAUCAUCUCCACCAAUACCCUCCGAUGUAGCACUAACAGUGGGAGCAACACACCAACUAGAGUAAGCGGGACCCGCAAGACCAAAGCUUCCCCCGUCACAACAUUUACCAGCUCUGUAGUUCUGCUCUCAUCUUCGAAUGGUUUGGAGAAUGAAGACUCGCUUAGGAUCUAUCAGGGAGAGGAUGCAGAGGGAUCUUUGGACAUAUGGGCUGUCAUUAAACCCGGAAACACAAAAGAGAAAGUUGCCCUUUUCGCAGCACAGAAGUGCGGCAGUACUUGUGGUGGUGGUAUUGACAACGCAUCUGAACAUGAAGCCAUUGCCCCAGAGCUGCGGACUGUUUCUUUGAAAAACAAAAGCUGCUGGGAGGGAGACUGGUGUGUGGCUAAGCGCAGGAGAAGGUCUGGAAACCCAGAGAUCCCUAAGAGCGUGGAAUCUCCAGCCCCAAAAGCUGAUACGCAAAGAAUAUCUCAAAGCGAGGUUCCCAGCGAGAACAUCAAUCCUUGCCAAGUAAUGUCAGAGGAAGAAGAGGCUGAAAAGACCAUCUCUGUUGUGGAGAUGGUGGCAUACCUGGAACAAAGAGCAAACGACCAGCAGGUGAGCUCCAAAUCCCCAUCUUUACGCAGCACCAGCACCAUAACUCUAUCAAAAGCCAUCCAGCAGUCCAAGGACUCGGAACAACCAGAGAUCCAAGAUGAGGAAGGAGAAUCUGUGCGGGUUCUGGAUAUGGUGGCCAAGCUGGAGUCUCAGUGCCUGAGCAGACAAGGCAUCAGAGAAGGUGGAGAUCUCUCUCGAAACAGCAGCUUGAGGAGAAAGGUGGGUCGUGUGCUUCUGGCGGGGUCGGAACCGUAUUCACUGCUUUCACAUUCAGUAUCAUCUACUGCUCCUCAGGAAAGGACAGUUCACAGUGAACCACAAGAACUGGGUAGUGUUCCGGACAAACUAACCACCCCAUCCCUCGAGUUGGCAACAUCAGAGGGCUCAAAGUGUAGUCUUGCCACCACCACACUCCAUCAUGAAGAUGGUUCUUGGAUGGCAGGACCGCUGUGCAUCCCAGAUGUCGAGAUUGUCGAGUCCUCACCAAGGCAUGCCAGCUUAUGUGGCAGUGAAGAACCACAACCGGGCAUGUUGUUUUUUGCCCGACCUCUGAAAGACCAACAUAAGUCCUCCUCACCAGAGAACACGCCUCAAAACAAAGAACUUAAUGACAGUAAGCCUUCUGUGGAGACUUUAUUGUCAUUCAGAGAGGACAGUAGGGACGGACAAGAUGCUGAACAAAACCAUAACGAUAUUGUGACGGAAACGACAAGCGUGGUUAGCCGAGAGUCUGUGCCUUUUCCUUUACGCCGCCUAGUGUCUCAUGAAUUCCUUGAAACUCGCUUCAAGAUCAAGCUGCUUUUGGAGCCCCAGCAGUACAUGUUUUUCCUUCCCCACCACAUCAUCAUUAAGAUCUUCUGCUUGCUGCCUACUGAAAGCCUGGCCGCCCUCAAGUGCACAUGCCAUUAUUUCAAAUUCAUCAUUGAGAGAUACGGCGUGCGGCCCGCGGACUCUCGUUGGGUGAGCGAUCCCCGCUACAAAGAUGAUCCCUGCAAGCAGUGCAAGAAGCGCUACGAUCGAGGAGAUGUUUCGCUCUGCCGCUGGCAUCACAAGCCCUACUGCCAGGCGCUUCCCUACGGCCCGGGUUAUUGGAUGUGCUGCCGGGGCGCUCACAAAGACACACUUGGUUGUAACGUGGGACUCCAUGAUAACCGCUGGGUUCCUGCCUUUCAUAACAUGCCGAUUUACAAGAAAAGCAGGGACACGGACGAGGACUAGUAGUGUGCCAGAGGGGCAAAUGCUUUUUAUUUCUGAGGCCUAUGUGUUAUUGGUGUGAAUGAGCUGUGUGUUUCUGUGCCUGUGUGUUGCCAAUGAGCAUGUGUGCUUUUUUGUUGUUGUAUAGUGCUUAAAACCAGGUUGCUAAAAAGAAAUUGCUGGAUCCCUGUACUUCUCCGCCAACCGAUCACCCACUCCCCUAAUGGAUACCUUCCUCAGGUCCUUAACGUUUGUCUGCACUUUAACCCUUAAAGACUGAAUUUUGCAGAGUUCUAUCUGGGUACCGCUUGAUGAUAUUAUUUUAAAUAAGCAUUAACGACUAACUUAUUUUCUGGUAAAAUCUGAAGAACUUUUCAGUUCUUUAUAAUGCACCUCUGCUUUACUUUCUUGCACUGAUGUAAACUUAGCCUGCAAAAAUAAACCUUAAUGAACAUUACAGUUGUAUACUUGCAUACCUAAUUCAUUGGUGAUGGGAAUCUCGUAGCGAGAAUGCAAUGAAUUGGAAUAGUUGCUUCUGUUCCCCAUCUCCCAAAACCAUCUCAUUACUGCUAACAAGUCCUGGGAUGUUAGGGAGCACGAUGGUGUCAUGACUUGUUGGGUUUGAGAUUGUUCUGAGCCCAGAUGUUUACAUUUGUAUUUUGUACAUAGCACAGAAACCUAUAUAUCAUAACAGAAUAAUGAAUGAUGACGUGAGUGUGGCAGGAAAUGCAUUUCAUCUUAAUGUGGGGAUAAACGCUUUUAAUGCUAACGUGUAUAUAAAUAUCUAUGUGAAAUGGUUGCCCUUGUUCUACAGGACGUUCAACCCCUGUGAGCAGGCAGCACAUAUUCUUCUCAAAUUAUAAGUGUUUGUCUACCUUGUAUGAUGUACUGUUUCUCAACGGGAAACAUUUGAUUGUGGGAAUGAGAGUUUCUCCAUCUUGACAGUGAUUAACUGCGCACCAUCUGAAAAAAAGACAAAUUUCGUUGCAAUAAUGUUUUCCAAAGUGUGUGUCAGAUUUUUAAAGAUUAUUAUUGGUAAUGACAUUGCUGUGCUCUGCCUGUUAAGGCAUUUUACUUCAAUAAAGUAUAUCUUGGAGGAUUUGUAA